AAAUAAAAGCAGUUUGCAAUCUUGAUGACAAUAACAACAAAUAUCCGAUUAAUAGCCAAAUCAAUUGUACUAAUGAAAUGGUUCUAGUAAAUGAUAAUUCUGAAGAUAUAAUUGAACAAAAUUCUGAAGACAUAGCUGAACAACAACAUACACGAUUAUAUCAAGUUUUAAAUGAA